GAGCCGCUGCGGUUGUUUCCCACACAGAGGAGCUCUCUCAUGGAGUGACUUCCUGGGUCUUCAGGCAGCCAUGGAGGAUAAACCAUCCGUCUGGGGCUCUUUGAAACAGCGGACCAGGCCUUUGUUAAUCAACCUGAGCAAGAGGAGGGUGAAAAAGAACCCGAACAAGCCCCUAGACCUACGGGCAAGGCGUUCCCUGGACCGUCGCCUCAGCCUGUCUGUCCCUGACCUCUUGGAGGCUGAGGCCUUGGCCCCAGAGGGCAGGCCUUACUCUGGGCCCCAGUCAUCCUACACCUCGGUGCCCAGCAGCCUGUCGACGGCGGGGAUCUUGCCCAAGAGCAGCAGUAGCUCCUUGAAACAGUCUGAGGAGGAAUUGGAAUGGAGCCAGGAAGAAGCAGGCUACCUCCGUGUGGUGGAAACGGACUCCGAGGAGGCCUAUGCCUCUCCCGCCGAGGACAGGAGGCCUUCCGGCAAUGGCAUCCUGGAUCUGCUGCAGAAGACGCCGGCUGGAGACGAGGCCCUGGAAGAGCCAGAGAAGCUAUGCGAAAGUGGCGAUCUGAAUGCUUCUCUGACAUCCCAACAAUUUGAAGAACAAUCUAUGUUUGGGGAAGCCGGCGAUGGCUUGAGUAACCUGCCCAGUCCUUUUGCCUACCUCCUCACCAUCCACCUGAAGGAAGGCCGGAACCUGGUCAUCCGGGACCGCUGUGGCACAAGUGAUCCCUAUGUGAAAUUUAAGCUGAACGGGAAGACGCUGUACAAAAGUAAAGUCAUAUAUAAGAACUUGAACCCAGUUUGGGAUGAGAUAGUUGUACUUCCCAUUCAGAGCCUUGAUCAAAAGCUCCGUGUGAAGGUAUAUGACCGAGAUUUAACUACAUCUGAUUUCAUGGGUUCUGCCUUUGUCGUUCUCAGAGAUCUUGAGCUUAACAGAACGACUGAACAUAUUUUAAAAUUGGAAGAUCCAAACAGUUUAGAAGAGGACAUGGGGGUGAUUGUGUUAAAUUUGAGCCUAGUGGUAAAACAGGGUGAUUUCAAGAGACAUCGUUGGUCAAGUCGGAAGCGGUUAAGUGCCAGCAAGUCCUCUUUGAUACGUAACCUGCGGCUCUCAGAGUCCCUGAGAAAGAACCAACUCUGGAACGGGAUUAUAAGUAUAACGUUGUUGGAAGGGAAGGAUGUCGCAGGAGGAAGCAUGACAGAGAUGUUUGUCCAGUUAAAACUGGGAGAUCAGAGGUAUAAAAGUAAGACACUGUGUAGAAGUGCAAAUCCGCAGUGGCGGGAACAGUUUGACUUUCACUACUUCUCUGACAGGAUGGGCAUUUUGGACAUUGAAGUGUGGGGAAAAGACAGCAGAAAGCAUGAGGAGCGUCUGGGCACGUGCAAAGUGGAUAUCUCAGCCCUCCCUCUCAAGCAAGCUAACUGCUUGGAGCUGCCGCUGGAGAGCUGCCUGGGGGCUCUCCUGAUGUUGAUCACACUUACUCCCUGUGCCGGAGUCUCAGUCUCAGAUCUGUGCGUGUGCCCCUUGGCAGACCCCGGCGAGAGAAAGCAGAUUGCCCAGCGAUACUGCUUCCAGAAUUCUCUGAAAGAUAUGAAGGACGUCGGCAUUUUACAAGUGAAGGUUUUAAAGGCAGUAGAUCUCCUAGCAGCAGAUUUCUCAGGGAAGAGUGAUCCUUUUUGCUUGUUGGAGUUAGGCAACGACCGACUUCAGACACAUACCAUCUACAAAAACCUCAACCCCGAGUGGAACAAAGUUUUUACCUUUCCUAUUAAAGAUAUCCAUGAUGUUUUGGAAGUGACAGUCUUUGAUGAAGAUGGAGAUAAACCUCCUGAUUUUCUUGGAAAAGUUGCCAUUCCCUUGCUGUCUAUUCGAGAUGGACAACCAAAUUGCUACGUGUUGAAGAAUAAAGAUUUAGAACAAGCUUUUAAAGGAGCUAUUUACUUGGAAAUGGACCUCAUAUAUAACCCGGUCAAAGCAAGUAUUAGGACUUUUACUCCCAAAGAAAAGCGCUUUGUUGAAGAGGCCCGCAAGCUGUCCAAGAAGAUCUUAUCGAGGGAUAUAGACCGUGUGAAAAGAAUCACCAUGGCAAUGUGGAAUACAAUACAGUUUCUUAAAAGCUGCUUCCAGUGGGAAUCCACGGGGAGAAGUGCCGUUGCAUUUGUGGUAUUUUUAGUCACUGUCUGGAAUUUUGAACUGUACAUGAUCCCCCUGGCGUUACUGCUACUGUUCAUCUACAAUUUCAUCAUACCCACAAAAGGGAAGGUUGGCAGCAUCCAAGAUAGCCAGGAGAGCACAGACUUGGAGGAAGAGGAGGAUGAAGAGGACAAGGAAUCCGAGAAAAAGGGCUUAAUUGAGAGAAUCUAUAUGGUACAGGAUAUUGUUUCAACUGUUCAAAACAUCUUGGAGGAAAUAGCUUCCUUUGGAGAAAGAAUUAAAAACACGUUUAACUGGACGGUCCCGUUCCUCUCGUUCCUGGCCUGUCUGAUCCUGGCAGUGGCCACUGUCAUUUUGUAUUUUAUUCCACUCCGCUACAUCGUUUUAAUCUGGGGCAUAAAUAAAUUCACCAAGAAGCUUCGAAAUCCCUAUGCCAUCGACAAUAAUGAGCUGCUAGACUUCCUCUCCAGGGUACCGUCUGAUGUUCAAAAGGUGCAGUACGCAGAAUUGAAACCCUGCAGCAGCCAGAGCCCCCUUCGGAAGAAGCGCAGUGCUCUCUAGGACUCACGCCAACCUUGGACACCAGCGCCCGAUUCCCUGCUGGGUUGAUUAGACCAACACUAUCUCUGUUUCCGAGGUGGUACCCGUGGUGUCAUUCUGGAAUGUGUGCUGCGUGGAGCCCUCCCUGUGCCCUCCCUGCUUCUCCACGUGUGCCGAUGCACACACAUGUGCUCACGCCCACACGCAUGGGUGUGUUAGUUGCUUAGCAGCUCGGCCUAUCCAAAGGAAACAAUCUAGGGACCGUGAAAGACUGAGGUCCCUUCUCAGAUAGGAGGUAAAGCAAGAUGGCCAGGGGUCUGAAUGGCCUCUCUGAGAAGGGUUGGGAGACCACCUGGAUGCAAGAGUGACCCUGAACUUGUUUUUCUACCUCCAACAGAUGCUCCUUAAGAUUCAGUUAUUUUUCACUCCUGUUUCGCACACUCCUGAUUAUUGUGCAUGUGAGUCAGUUUCCUUCUCUGAGUCCACAAGUCCGAUAGUAACCAUCAUCUCCCCAACUAAUGUCUCUUAGAAGUAGAUUUUUUCAUAAUUACCAGGCGUAGCCCAAGCCUUUGGGCGUCGUUCCGCCAUGAUUACUGAAGACGUGUGUACAAUGGCGGUCAGCUCCCCGGUGCUGGACACCAGCCUGUGGUGUGGUCCUUUGCGGGCAGUGGAAGCCCCGGGAAGGUCGGAAGGGACCACUCAUCCAAAAAGUGAAGCUUUCGUGAGAGUAUUUGGUUGCCUUACCAACACCAUGUCUUCCGACUUGACUUUGCUUAUUUCCAAAAUAAAAUGUCGACAUUAGCGCUUGAGAGAGACGAUGAAUGAACGGAUUCUGAGAGUAUUUAGGAAAACGGAUAAAGGCAGAGGAGCAAGGGACUAACUAAUGACUAUGGCUUCUUCACCUGAUUGUCAUAAUCACUAUAUUUGCCCGAAUUUUUGAGCAGAAAGUAAAACUAACUCAGCCAUCCAAAUCGAUCUUUUGUUCCUAAACAAGAUAGGCUAUACAUAAUGCAUCUAUAUCUCAGAACCCUAUUCCUAGAAAAACACCACCCCAAGAUCCUCUUGAAGAAUAGCUGAUUCCUGCAGACCCCACCACUCAUAGUAUCCCCAAGGAUACUUUUUCCCCAAGGAAAAACCCCAAUUUUAUGCAUAUAUAAAAUGAACACAAAUAUCCUUUGGUUCAAAUGAUAUUUAAGUUGUAAAGACUGUAUUUUGUUGACACAUACUUUGUGUUUUAUAUAUAUAUAAUAUGUGUGUGUGUGUAUAUUGUAAAGAAAAGUUGAGGUAAAAACUGAUUUAAUAGUGAGGUUUACUAUUUUUUUUCUCUCUCUGGGUUGUAAUUUAAUAAUCUUCAAACAAAAUGUUUAUGAAAAAUGUGCAAGAUUCUAAACCUUAUCAUCCCGUGUCUGUUUUUCUUCAUAUUAUAUCUUCCUGGGUUUCUUUCUGGCUGAGCCAGAUUUCUGCAUGAUUUGAUUUUCUUCAAGUUAAUGAAGCUGGCUGGAAAAGGACUUGCAGAAAUUAUAAAAGCUCCAGUAAAUCUCUUCGUUGUACAUACAAUAGAUAGCCAAGAACCUCUCUUGUUCAACCAGUUACUCAAUCUUCUGUGUAAACAAUGCCUCAUUGUCUCACUCCCAACUAUCAUGUAGUUUAUCACAGUCUGUCAUUUUGUAACGACCUAAGUCAGACAUUUUUAAACAGACAUGUGAGAUCUGAUCAGUCAUUUGAAUGAAAACUUUCAGCAGCAAAAUAACCCCUUAUUUAUUUAAAAGUGGAACCGAUACUUCAUUGUUGUUCUUUUGCUAUACAAUUUCAAAAUGAAAUAAUUUGUCCAACAAGAAGGCAUCAUUAGUUAGACUUAUUCCCUCUGCCGCCCAGUGGGAAUUCUGAGCAUUAAGUUGAGGACACAGAUGGCAGCUGGGCUACCAAGAGCAGGACAGAAUCAACCUGUAAUAAACUGUAAGUAGAAAACAAUUGUUAAUUGAUUAAGUCGACUUUGAACGUUAAAAACGUUCAUUGUAAGGGAAAUGUGAAGAUUUAUACAAGUGAUCAAACCCCUACCAGAUUCCAGAAUGCUCUUUAGAUAAAAUUUAUGGAUUGUGGAUUCACAGUAUGAUAAUUAAUGGUAAUUCAGUAGGAAUGUUGAAUUUUAGCCAAGCUCUCCUGGUUCUCUUCUCAAACCUCACACUCCCGUUUCCAGCUCUGUCUGGAUGUCUUAUAGGCCUCUCUACCUCAGUGGGUCAGAAACUUGGUUAUCUCUCCCUCCGUGUGUUCAGGACCUUUAACCCAUACUCUCCUUCCAGAUUCCUUAUUUCCCUUACUGGCACUGGCAUCUUCUGGGCUGGAAGACACUGGGCAUCCCCUAUUUUUGCUCCUCAUGUUCCCCACCCCCUACCUCGCAACCCAUAAACUUGUAGAUCCUGUGUUGCAUGUUACUCAUGUUCAUUUCUAUCUUGUCCAUUUCUGAUCUCCGCCCCCGAAGCCAAGGCCUCCGAAACCUCUUACAAGACACGGCAAUAGUGCCAAUUACGUUAUGCCAGAUUAAUCCUCGUUCUGAAUAUUCUUUUCACUAGGAAUCUCACAAGUUUCUGUCCAAAUAAAUUCUGCCCUCUUACAUCUUUCAUAUUUUUCUGGCAUUUGCCAUAUUCUGCUAUAGCUCAUCAUUACCAGAGGCUUUGACUCCCUCCGUCCUCCACUGGCACCUAAUAGACACUCAGGAAAUACGCGAUAAAUUGAUUGGGUCAUAGUCAACUUUUCUUCUCUGCCCUUUCAUGUAUAUAGAGAGCUGAGGUGGGUGGAUUAGUGUGGUCUAUCAGAGGAAAUAAUUUCUUGUAUUAAGCACACAGUUUAUACUGUGUGAUAUUAUUUAUAAGCUCUGGCCAUGUCAACUGUAAACUUUUCAGUGAUGUCUUAUAUUGGAAAAAUCAUUAUCUACAUAUCACAGGAAAAUAUAUUUGUGCAUGGUAAAACAAAACAAAACAAGAAACCCUUGAUUUUUCUUCUUGUCAUUUAUCAUUUAAUGAACGUAUAUGGAACACUUAGGAUCUACCUGAACAAAACCGACUGCAUCCCCUUGGUAAAGCCAGGCAUGAAACAGAUACUUUUGAAAAGUGGCAGGACAUUUGCAGAUUCCAGUUCUAGAAGGAUAUUCUGGCUGCAGUGGGUAGGCCGGCAAUAAUGAAUGUUCAAAGAAGAGCUAAUUUGAAUAAUCUUGAUAAAUUGAUGGUUACCUGGACCUUCAAAUUAUGUCAGUGAAAAAAUCUACAGGUGAAAUCGUGAGAUGGUUAGGAGGAAGAAUGAGUGGGACUUCUCAGUUGCUUGACUAUGGGGUGGAGGAGAGAUUAGAGUUAAGAUGGCACUCAGUGUUCUCAUCUUUGGGUCCAGGAAGAUAUGUUGUUUGCCAAGGGAAUUAUAGGAGCAGCCAUGAGAAGAACAGCAGGAACCCAGGUUUAGAUGAUGUUGAAUUUGAGGCCAAAAAGCCUUUAAAUGAUCUCAAAGAGGGAACAGUAUAAAGUUAUACAGCUGAGAGAAGAAAUGCAGAUAUACAUAAGGACCAACAUUCAUAGAAAUGAUUGAAGCCACAUGCUUCAAAAAAUGGACUCCACACUCAAAAAGUUCUGUAAAGAUGAGCCAACUAAGGCUAAAUAGAAAUAUUAAAUAAGGGAAAAGCAUUAAGCAUGUACUAUCAUAGAAUUCCGUUGGUAGAGCGUGUUUCAAGAAAACAAGUGCUGUCUAUUGUGCUAAAUACCACUGAGAUCACAUCAGUUGAGGACAGCAUAACGACCUUUAUUUAAUGGCAUGGCAGCCUGUGGGGGGUCUUGGCGAUGAGUCAUUUCUGUAGAGUGAUAGGAAAGGAAACCAGAUAUGGGUUGAGAAAUGAGUGGACCUAGCAAAUGGAGACCACUUGGUGGUAUCUCCUGAAAAAUUCCACUAGAAGGAGAGGAGAGAGAGCACAAGAACUCAGAAUGGAAGAAGGUGCCAGGAAUUAUUAAGGGAAAAAAGUAGAUAUAUCAUGAACUCUGUGUACACCUGUUAGAAACCAAAAAUUCUUCAGGAGUAUGAGAUGGAGUGAUCUGUAUCAUCAAUUAAAACUGUGCCCCAUCAAAACCCCCUCUCUUGUGUAGUAGUAAUCUAACUUUUAUGGGAGUAAAGUGGCUGGGAAAUAAAAAUACAAUAUCUUCUGAAAA